AACUGCCCUCAUCGGGGGUGAAACAAAAUCUCAUCCUCCCUCCCCUCGGACCAUACACCCUUAACAAAACCCUAAUAAACACACACAAAAAGAAAACCCUUCUUGGCCGUGAUGGCCGGAGAACUGCCGGAGGAUUCGCCGGGAUCCGUCAGGGGCGGUGGUUUCUUGGAGCUAUUACAGAACUUGGGGCGUGAAGAGAUCUUGGAGGUAUUGUCUCAAGGAUUUUGCCAACCCUGUCAGGCUUGUCUCGAAAGUCGUAUACAUGACUAUAUCAGCAACAAGAGAGGGAGUUCAAUAGCUUUGUCUGCUGAUGAUUCAAGCCUGUUGUCCUCAGAGACCACUCCAUUGAGCUCUAACAGAGUGCGUGAAUACGUAAAUUCAGCACUAAAUGGGUACUCCGUUAGUUCUUCCCCUGCAUCAGUGGACAGCAAGCAGCAUUUAUCCAAACGCCCGGGUUUCGAGAUGUUGCUUAAUGAUGGGCUCGGAAAAGCUUUACUAGGGGCCGAAAAUGGGUUGUCAGAGGAGCAAAAGGAGCAGAUUAGGGUUUCAGAGGUUGGGAGGAAGAAGGAUUUCGUUCAUUAUGAGCGGAUUGGAGGGAAAGCAACAAAUGUGAUUCAGGGGCUUGAACUUCACACCAAAGUUUUUAAUGCCGAGGAGCAAAAGACAAUUGUUGAAUGUGUCUAUGAACUGCAGCGUAUGGGCCAAAAGGGGCGACUCAGAGACCGCACAUACUCAGAACCCAAGAAAUGGAUGCGCGGUAAAGGACGAGUUACCAUGCAAUUUGGCUGCUGUUACAAUUAUGCAGUGGACAAAGAUGGAAACCUGCCAGGUAUAAUCAGAGAUGAAGAAGUUGAUCCUCUGCCUCCUUUGUUCAAGCAAAUGAUCAAGAGGCUGGUUCGAUGGCGUGUUCUGCCUCCUACAUGUGUCCCUAAUAGCUGUAUUGUGAACAUAUACGAUGAAGGGGAUUGUAUACCUCCUCACAUCGACCACCACGACUUUCUUAGGCCUUUUUGCACCGUCUCAUUUCUGACCGAGUGCAAUAUUCUCUUCGGAUCAAGUUUAAAGAUUAUUAAUCCAGGAGAGUUCUCCGGGCCUGUCUCCAUACCUUUGCCUGUCGGAUCUGUCCUGAUUCUAAACGGCAAUGGAGCUGAUGUUGCCAAGCAUUGUGUCCCAGGUGUCCCUGCAAAAAGGAUUUCAAUAACUUUUAGGAAAAUGGAUGAUAGCAAACUACCAUACACAUUUUCCCCUGACCCUGAAUUAUCUGGAAUCAAGCCGUUCAUCCAUUCGUCACCCUCGAACAAGUCAGCAACCCAGCAAAGCUGGAAUGGGAAGAGUACUGUUGGUUAUUCGUCGUUGGUUAGGUCACCAAACCAACAAAACCAGCAUCAAAAUGGCACAUCAUCAGGAGAGCAUAAAUCUGAAGCUGUUAAAACUAGCAGCAACUCCUUUCUUAUUGAUACAGACAAUUUUCCUCCAUUGGGCAGCUCAAAUUCCGCGACCCGGUCAAUGGUCGAUAGGGUCAGAUCAAAGCAAUAACCUUAUCUCCUAUUUGAGGUAACAUGUAUACCACCCGUUACAGAAUGUUCCAUUUGAGCCAUAGCUUCUAAUCUUAGGGUGAGCUCGUGACCAUAGUCCCAACAAAGCGCACAGUUGGAGAAGACCCUUGGCACGCUGACAUCUGGUUCAUUACGUUCAACCAGCUAGCGACUUGUUCGAAAUUAUGCAACUUCAUGAUUCAUAUAAGUUAUUCUAUUGGAAGAAACAUUGUAUUUUUACCUCCUAGAGGGAGGUAGGUGGUGAACUUCUGGAAAGUUUGGAAGUUUGAGAAUGAUAAAGACAAUGCAUUUAGUGUCAUUCAAGGGAAGCUUUCAAGCUUCAAAAGGCGGCAUCCAUGUUAAAUAAAAUGUAUUUGUAAAGACUCAUUUUUUCUCUUAUAAUGCAUUCAUUUUGGUUUAUUUAUCAUUA